GCGCUGUCCGGAUUGCACAUUCACUGGUCUCCUCUAUACGAACCAAAAACUCCUUGACGAUUGAGAAAUCCGUGGUCUAGGAUUGCUGAAAACCAAAAAUGGCGACGGCAUCAUUUCCUCUGGGAACGGCUCCGAUCAAGUCAGAAUUUCUGAUCUCAAUCGUUCCUCGCGACGUGCCUGACGACGACGCGGCUGAAGGCAGCACCAAUCACAUCAACGGUCGACAGAACGAGAACUCAAACGGCUCUGCGCAGGACGCAGAAGAGGGCAAGAAACUCAGCGGCGCCCAGCGUAGGAAGCUCUCGAAGGAGGAAAGGAAAGCCAAGCGUGGUGCGAACAAAGGCCGUCGCUUCCAGAAAGUGCGGGACGAAGUUGAACUCUGCUGGAAAAUCGCAAAUGGGAAGACUUGCGAGUUUGGCUCAGAAUGUCGUUUUACGCAUGAUGCCUCUGCGUACCUAGCUGCGAAGCCUCGCGAUGUUCGCUUUCCCUCUGCUUCGGACCUGAUCAAUGAACCGCCGUUCGUCCAGUCGCCAUCGCCCGACGUAGAGAUGGCUGAUGCAAAGCAUCCCUCAGUCGAUUUUAAAACAAGUUGCCCUGUAUUCGAGAAGACAGGCGAGUGCAAGCAUGGCCUUAAGUGCCGCUUCCUCGGCGGCCACGUCCGCGAAGGCGAGGAUGGCAUCCUCGAGCUCGUCGUAGACGAGGAAAAAAAAGGACGCGCUGCUGUUGCGGAGGCAGAAGUUAAUUUCAUUGAUGCGAAUACGCUGAAGAUGCUCCGCACGAAAAAGUACCUGCAUCCGGUUUCGGACGCAUAUCUGAAAGAAUUGCAGGCCAAAGGUGGCGAUGAGGGUAAGGACACCAAGGCGUCAAAAACGGAUGCGCAGCUCGCUCUUGAGCCAGAUGCAGAGGCGUCAAUCGCACCACAGCUCGCUUUUGAUGCAGAAGCGAAGCAAGAAACGCCGCAGGAAGAAACGCCGCAGGAAGAUACGCCUGACGUUCCGUUCCGCGCCAUUGAAAAGAAGAGACUGCAUUGGUCUGGGAAGACGUAUCUUGCCCCUCUUACCACUGUCGGCAACUUACCGUUCCGUCGUCUCUGUGUGGACUACGGUGCAGAUAUCACCUGCGGUGAAAUGGGCCUUGCGAUGUCCUUCCUUCAGGGCUCCAAGGAAGAAUGGUCUCUCGUGCGUCGUCACCCGUCAGAGUCUAUUUUCGGGAUGCAGCUCGCAGGAAGCAAACCAUCUCUCCUUGUCCCCGCAGCAGAGAUCAUCGGACGAGAAUGCGCUGGUAACCUAGACUUCGUCGAUGUCAACUGCGGCUGUCCGAUCGACUUGGUGUACAGGACUGGCAGUGGCUCCGCUCUGCUGGAUGCUGCUGGAAAACUCGGGAAGAUCGUUGUGGGGAUGAACAAGGCACUCGGAGAUAUACCUGUCACCGUCAAGCUUCGCACGGGGGUCAAAGAUGGGCGCAAUACCGCCCAUAAGCUGAUGCCGCGCCUUGGCUCCGAGUUCGGCGCAUCUGCCCUGACACUGCAUGGACGAACACGGCAGCAGCGGUACACUAAGCUCGCGGAUUGGGAUUACAUCAAGCUCUGCGUCGAUGCUGUGCGUGCUAGGGAAGCUGAAGAGGAUUUGCCUCCGGUUCCAAUAUUUGGCGGCGGAGACUGCUUUUCGUCUGAAGAUUAUUGGCGGAGAAUGGAGAGCAGUGCGGUCGAUGGGAUCAUGAUUGGGCGUGGUGCAUUGAUUAAACCGUGGAUAUUCACCGAAAUCAAGGAGCGGAGUGAAUGGGAUAUCAGUUCAAGAGAGCGCCUUGAACUGAUCAGGAAGUAUGCUGAAUAUGGGUUGAAUCACUUUGGUUCGGAUACUGCAGGAGUGAACACGACCCGUCGGUACCUCUGCGAAGCGCUAUCCUUCCAGUACCGCUAUAUUCCCAUCGGUCUGCUCGAGACACUACCAGGACGUAUCAAUGAUCGAGCGCCCGCCUUCCGAGGCCGGGAUGAGCUAGAAACAUUGCUAGCGAGUGCAGACAGCAGAGAUUGGGUGAGAGUCUCAGAGAUGUUCCUCGGUCCCGCUCCAGAAUCAUGGACGUUCACGCCGAAGCACAAGAGUAACGCUUACGGUAGCGAAGAAAGUCAGGGGUGAAGACGUAGAUACAUUGCCUUGUAGCGUGUAGUAAUAGGAUAUCUGAAUUGAAAUUCUUCUUGGUGCUGGAUCCCC